GAAACAUCCUAACCAGGCCCACCUGUGGGUGGGAGGAGGGGCUUAACCAUCCCUUCCGGGGGCCAUCGGGAAACAGGAAGUGGGACUGAUGGAAAACAGGACAUGCUCGACUUUGCUCCCACCCACAGAAGCCCGACUCUAACAGGCAAGGUGGUUCUUUGGGGCAUGAGUCCGUCCUCUCGGCCUUCUGGCUUUCCAAAUAAACUUGUCCUCCCUUGCCCCACCACCUGUUCUCUGGCUUUACCAGCCUGUGGUGUGGUGAGCAGUAGGAGCUUGGACUCAGCAACCCUGGAGGCUGUGAGAACAGAAGAAAUCGAUGACUUGGCUUCUCCUUUUGAGGAAAAGACACUUAAGGAAGAUGAUUGUCCCUGCCUCGACCAGCUCUCGGCUCAAGCUGACCCAGGGUGUGAGCGGGAGGAGCUGCUGAAAUCCUUGCCCAGCACCUGAGCACCGUCAGCAGGAAGGCCUCGGCGAGCAGGUGAGGAGGCGCCGUCACCUGGCCGAGCUCACGCUCCUGCAGAUCUGCCUUUGAGCCUCUGCUGGGCCCCGAAGUUGCGUUCCUUCCACCCCUCGAACACCCCCUCCUCCGGUGCCGAACACACACGGGGGGCUGAGGAAGCAACAGCAGAGGACACAGCCAAGAGUAAAGACCUUUUAAAAGUGACUUGCAGUUAAGUUGAAGCGGGAGCUCCUGGCAGCAAAAUCCUGUAGGCUUUGGCUGAUUUUUUGCUGAUGUGUUAUGCUAGUGGGUCUGGUCUUACCCUUCCGCAUUUCGAAUAGUAUUUUUAGAAACCACCUGUCAAAGUAGUCAAGGUCAAUGGUAAGGAAGUCAGUGUUGGGGCAGAGGUCACUGGAAGGAGUCGGUUAUUAAGGGCUGAGUGAUGUCUCCCCACAUUCACAAGCUCAAGUCCUAAUAUGUCACCUCCACCACCGCCACCACCCCGCCGCUCAGGAGGUGAAUAUAUUUGGGGAUCAGGUCUUUAAAGAGGUGAUUAAAAUCAAAGGACAUCUUAUGGGUAAUGGGUUCUUGUUAAAAAGCGACAUUAGGGCUGAGGACGCAGGCGGAAGCGUGUCCGCAAGGCCAGGCCAGAGGCCUCGGGAUAAACUGCCCGAGCCAUCUGGAUCGCAGCCUUCCAGCCCCAGCAUGGACCCGAGUGGAGCGCAGGACGAGCUGGCCCCUCACAAGCGCGCUUUCAGAACUGGAGGGGACCCGCCCCCUUCUUCUUUAAGGCCUUUCAGAGCAGCUACCCCUCUGCCUCCAGCACUCUGGGGACAGGAAAAAAAUGCAUAUGUAAAGGAGCCUGAAUUAAAAAAAAAAAAAAAGCAACAACGCAUGGGACCCACCAGAGAGGGAAGACAUCCAUUUAAAUUCUUGAUUUGCAUCUGGAGUCUGCUCCAUCGCAGACCCGGCGCUCACAGCAGUCUGCUGGCCCGUCUGAGACAAAACGAGGGAGAGGAAGCCUGGCUCCCUGGAGCCAAGAGCAGCCGUCCUCCCAGGACGACACGGUUCGCGGAGUUCGGCUGGAAGCAGACCUGCUCAGCCCUGCCGGAACUGUUAGGGGCCUGCGCUCCGUGGGUCAGAGCAAGCAGGGCCAGAGGCAGAGGGGCCAGGUUGGGGGCGCCAGGAGAGCCGGGGUCCCGCUUGGGCUUCCCCGUCGCCUUCUCAGCCUCCCUUUGGAUCCUUGAGCCGCAGAUCUUCGACUUUUCCUGCCCAAACCCAAGCCCACCGGCAGAGAACCUGCAGUUUGCAGAGCCACUCCGCUUUGCAAGUGCUGUUUCGUUCCUAGUUUUCUGGAAUUCCAGCGACAUCAGCAGGAGGCCUGUGCCUUUCAUCUUCAGACCCGAGGGCCCUCAGACCUUUGAGGUGAGGAUGUGGGGGAGCCAGGCAGCGCCUCAAAGUGCAGCCUCCCUGACGCUCAGCUGCCUUCCAGGGACCAAGAUAUACCAUCUGAGAAAAAGCAAAGCAGGAGACAUGCAAAUGAUGCCACUAACCUCCUCCCUGCUUCCAGCCCUGGCACACCACAGGUGCCCAGUAGAUGGCAACUGAACUGAGUUUGCGUUGAAAAUAACCGCUUCACCAACUGCAGGCUCCUCAACCCUCCCGAGCGCUUCGGGAAAGCCAGGUUAUCUCACUGCCUAGACGCAGCUCCCCUGAGUCCCUGCUCAUUUUAAAAAACAUUUUGCUAAUGCAGAGUGCUAGAGAUAUUUUGUCCCCAGGAUUCAAAUAUGCAUGUCAAGGAGGAAAAUGAACUCUAUAAAAGUCUUUUUAAAAUA